AGACAUAAGUAAAGACAUGCAGUUGACAUCGCGUUAUCACGAGCGAACCUGAGUUAUCGUCUUCAAUAUGUGCUAAAGCUACGCUGACAAGUCCUUCAACAUCGUCCAGCGGUUGAUGAUUGUCUCGCUCUAAUGAUUCUAAAUGGCGUCGCAGAUGCUUCUGUUGUGCUUCUAUGUCGUAUACAUUUUUGUGCGCUCUUGCUCUCUCUGGUUGCUUUUUGGACAUUGGGCAGAGAUCGGCUGCAAAAAGCGUCUUAUUCGUUGUCGCCUCUGUCGUGACUUUUUUUAUUUCGAUCGCGAUUUUUGCACCCAGAAAAAAAGAACGGAAUUCUCGCGGUGAAAAGAUACCACCUGCACGCGUCCUGCUUGGAAUCACGACAUGAAUGACGGGAUCAACUUCUGACGACGAGUUUGACUCAACCAUUGAUGAGGCCGCCUUGUUGGCGGCGGCAGCAGAAGCAGAAGACGCUAUGUUUGCUGAUUUUGACGAAAGUUUGCUCCUGAAAGCUGUGGAGUUGACGGAGACUAUGCCACCGCAGCAACACUUUAGCAAUCAACCAUCACCGAGAUCUACAUCCGGUUCCCAACGACAACAUCAAAGUAGAAUGGAUAACUUUUUCUCUCAAUCAGGCUCCAGCAGCGGGAGCGUUGCGGUCGCCCGUCCAAAUCCUCCUUCCAACUCACCGGUUAAUCGACAGAGUGGCUCUGGCUUCUCUUUCAAUACUGUAACGAAUGCACCGGCUCCGCAGGCUCCUCCAGCUCCACCACCAGAAGAUGCACAAUGUGCCCAUUUUUUUGAUGCCGAAGCUUGCACUACGUGGGUGUAUCCCAUCAACUACCCCAUCCGAAAUUAUCAAUUCAACAUCGUACAGCGUGCCCUAUUCAACAAUACCUUGGUUGCUAUGCCAACUGGAUUGGGAAAGACAUUCAUUGCCGCUGUGGUUAUGUACAACUAUUUCCGCUGGUUCCCUACUGCGAAAAUCGUUUUUAUGGCCCCCACCAAGCCUUUGGUUAAUCAGCAAAUCGAAGCCUGCUUCAAAAUUUGUGGUGUCCCUCAGGAUCAGACAGCUGAAUUAACCGGUGCAAUGCCUGCAGCAAAACGAAAAACUCUAUGGAAUUCGAAAAGAUUAUUCUUUAUUACGCCACAGAUUUUGCAAAACGACCUCAACGAAAAUAUCUUCCCAGUUGAAAAACUAGCUUGCUUAGUGGUUGAUGAAGCUCACAAAGCCACUGGAGGAUAUGCCUAUGCUGUUGCUGUGCGUAAGAUCAAGAAUCGCCACAAAGAUUUUCGGGUAUUGGCAUUGACGGCCACCCCGGGAACGAGCCUGCAAGCCGUGCAAAAGAUUGUAGAUAACCUGCUUAUCAGCAACAUCCAAAUACGCACCGAGGAUUCCUUAGAUAUACAAGAAUUUAGCCACGGAAAAUCUAUUCAAACCGUUGUGGUCAGUCUUUCAUACAUGCAAGGGGGCUUUGGCAUGCUUCCAAAAGCUGUAGCAACGUUUCGAGAGGCUGUUUUCUUACCAGUUUUGAAAUCGUUACACCAAUUCAAAGCGAUCCAUGACAUUGAUCCUGAUCGAAAUACACCUUAUAUGCUCAUGCAAGCUCGUGGCAUAUGGCAAACAAACUCGAAGAAUUUUAACAAGGCCAUACAAAAUAUCGUUUUCAGUAGUUUUCUUGCCGCAGAUGUGUUAAGUCGAGCGCAUGAUUUACUAUGUCAGCAUGGAACCGGUCCAUUUGUUCGAAGCAUGAAGUCAACCAUCACAGAUAUUCAAACAGACUUGGAUUCAGGAAAACACGUCGCCAAGUCAAAGAUAUCCAUUGCUCGAAAUCCAGAACUAAAGAAACUAUUGCGUGAUUUGGAAAGAAUGCACGAGCAGCCCGACUACAUUGGUCAUCCCAAGAUGGAUAAGCUUCUUGCCGCUGUCUUGCAACACCUUACCCAAUCUGAUCAGAACAGACCCAAUGAGGAUGUCAAUGAUCAAGUAGAAGAUACUCGUAUCAUGAUAUUCUCUUCACUACGUGAAUCUGUCAACGAAAUUGUCACGUUUUUGUCAAAGCAUGAACCAAUUGUUAGAUGCACCAAUUUUGUUGGGCAGGCCGAGUCCAAAGGAUCAAAGGGCUUGAACCAAAAAGAGCAGCAAGAGGUUAUCAGCAAAUUUAAGCGGGGAUUAUUUAACGUACUCGUUUCGACUUCAAUCGGAGAAGAGGGUCUAGAUAUUGGAGAAGUUGAUUUAAUCAUUUGCUAUGAUUCGCAAAGUUCUCCCAUUCGAAUGAUCCAGCGACUAGGAAGAACUGGCCGAAAAAGAAAAGGACGUUGCGUCUUACUACUGACAGAAUUGGAAGAACGUAAAUAUAAGCAAGCAAAGGAUAACUACAAGCGAGUACAGGACAUGAUAGCGCGACGAGAUGCCAUCAACUACUACCCCUUUAAUCCCGUCAUUCUUCCAAAUGGAAUUAAACCUGUUCCUGCCAAAACGGUUCUCAGCAUUGGCGAAUACAAGAAACCAGAAAUUGGAAAGCGAAAGCGGAAUCAAACAGUUGAUGAAUUCCGGAGUGAUGGUACUUUAGGAGAUUCCCAAGAGGAUGAAUUUAGACGACGAUACCUUCAACCACUUAAAAACAACAAUCAAACCGAUACAAGCAUUCUGGCAGAAUGGAUGCAUCCAAGAAAACGGUUGACAGAAAACAAAUAUACCCCGCUACAAACAAUAUUGAGCAACACCAAGAUCUCGCAUUCAUUCAGAACCGUUCAGUUUGUGUCCUUGGUUUCAAAAAUGGAGCGUCGUAUAUUAAAUGGACUUCGUGGUCAUUCACAAGAUAAAAAUGACGACGAUGACUUUGAUAUGACUUCCAGCCUUGCUACAACCAGCAAAUUACUGAUUCCAAAGAGACGAAAGAACGUAAAAUCAUUAGAUGAUUCUAGUGCUGAGAUUAUUCCAACACCGGCUGCUCAGGAAACGGAACCUGACCCUUCCUUUAUGAAUGAUUCUCCUCGACGAGAAGAAAUUAAUGAGGAUGAAAUGGAGUUGGCAGAUGAUAUAUUACAAGAUGUCAUCAUGGCUACUGAGCUUUCUCCUGACCGAAAUCUUCAGCGACCUUUGCUCAUAGGUGAUAAACCCAAUGCUGAUGUUGCAGAAGGUAGUCAGGAUGGUGCUCACGAUAAGCCUUCGUUCGUUUUCAUUUCAUCGGAUGACACUGGUAUUUUUGGGAAGAAUCUCAUGGAGUCUCCAAUCAAACAAGUAAUCAAGUCUCAUACGGAAUCAGCUACACGGGCUUCCUCCUACCGCCACGAAAAGGCGUCAACUGAAGCAUCAAGUCAUAUGAAAUUUACUUUUAACGAUCGUAUUGUUCCAGUAUAUCCUUUCGAAGCAGAAGCCAAUCUGAACUCUGUCCGCAACGUUGCAAGUAGCCGCAUAACCUCAUUAUCACGACCUACUCCAUAUUCAAGUAAGGGGCACAGUGUUUUAUUAAACAGAUGGUCUAUACUUUCAAAGCAGAACGGGAAAUCUCUAAGGGCCAUUGAGGAAGCUCUACAAGAGUACCUUUCCAAAGAAUAUAAAGCCACUGGAAAAACCUUUGAGGUCCAGAAAGAUGAAAUGCGGAAUAUCGUUGAGGAAUACGAUGAUGAUAUGGAUUUUGACGACAACUUACAAUAUCAAACAGACGAAGGUGCUCUUCUUCUUCCCAAUGAUCCUAGAAGGUACAACCAAUUAGAUGAUACCAAAAGUAAACAAGUUGACUUCAAGUCCUUUGCAAAUGGCGAUGACUUUGGCGAUGACCUUUUCGACCUCUCCUCUGAAGAGGGCAAUACAGGACUCGCGAUUUCUCAUGAAAACCAGCCAAAUUCAAUCGAACAACCAACUCCAAUGUCGAAAAAUGAUGAUGCAGCGAGUUACUUUAAGAACAAUGGCCACUCAAAACCUCCUCGUGACAACUUCUCUGAUAGCGAUGAAGAUUGCCUCGAAUUCGAUUUUGCGGAAUUGGAUCUCACUAUACUGGAAAACAAGCUUGAUUUGGAAGGAGGAUAUACCCUUGCUGAAAGAUCGCCACCCUUUCGCUCGGUAAAAAACUAUUCAGAGGUUAUCGCGCUCAGCUCUGAUUCAGAUACGCCUGUUCUGGAUGACACCCCUCGUCGAAGUGACAACAGAGUGUCUGAUGAAGAUGAAGUAGUAGGAUAUGGUGAAGAUGACGCAAUGAAUGACAUGCAUUCAUCAUCGCUACCUGCUGAACAAUCUCGAAAGGUAAAUGGGUUUGAAGAGUUACUAGCCAGCCCUGAAGAAAAGCCUGAAGAUUCCAGUCUGCUAGCUGAAUCCUUUGAACAUGGUCAUUCUUCUUCAAACGUGUCAAACGUGGGGACAAUGUCUCAAAAGACCUCACCUCUAAAGCAUAGACAUACACACGCUCAACGAAGACAACGUAUUCUGUACUCGUCACAAACUGAUGAUGCAUUUUCUUCGCCUCUCCGACCAUCACAUACCAAUACCUUGGCACCUUCAGGCUCAAACAGCUCACCAUCGGGUCGAAGAAUUGCUCCAAAAGUUCAGCUACCCAAAAGCGCUCAUUUUCGACAACGCAAUCCAUUCCUAGACCUAGAAGCUUCAGAGUCUGGUGAAGGGGCUUCUAGUGAUGUUGAAGAUGAUCAGAGAUCAUCAUUUAUAGAUUCUUUCAUUGAUGAUAACACGAUUGGGUCAAGUAGCAUGACAAACUCUCCAAAUACCAAUCGGCCAGCGUCUACCAAUAUGUACGCAAUAUACCGCCAGAGCCUCAUCAGCCCUGAGCAAAAAGGAUCCACUGGAUCGAAUAAUAUUUUCAACCAUACAAACCGACCUAGAUACCUCCAGCGUGUAUUGGAAAACUUAGAUAAUGCAGAGGAAGCAGAAGAAGAAGAUAGUCUUGACUUGACUGAACCCUCUGAGCGUCUGCUAACUACAGAUCAACCGACUUCGCAGAACUCGCAUGCAUCUGACUCGGCUCACCUUACCAACUCGUAUGAUUCUGAUUUCAUGUAAAUAUUGUAAAAUUUUAUUAUUGAUGUAUAAUAAACUGGUAACGAUAGUGCCUUGUAUACAGUAUUCGAAUAACAAUUUACUUUGGUAAACCACAAUACAAAUGUAUCAUUGCAACUUCUGGCUGUCUGACUAAUCCAAUCAGUGUGUCAAAGUAAAGUGUACCAUUUUACCACAUUAAAUUUAUUCUUAUCUUGAGGUAUCUGUUGCAUCUUCUUGGAAUAAAAAUAGCAACAUCUAGUGUGCAUGAAGUUGGCAGGUGAAGGAAAUUCUUCUUCACUGAGUUCAAACCAAACGGCUCUGGCCAAGGCGAUUGACUGCUUGUCACACGAGUCGCGUUUGAA